CUUGAUUUGACUUUAGACAUCCUCCACAUCUUUCAAGCUCUACUUGCGUGCCCUGUUUGCUCGAAUCUUCGCAUAUACUGUUUGAGGAAGCACCCUGCAGUUUCCAAAACGAAUUUCCAAAGUCAACACUGGUGAUUAAGCCGUGGCGUGCGGAAGGAGAUACUCGAAAAUCUGCCAAAAAUUAUCUGAUCCAUUCUUGAAAUUUGCUGUAGAAUCAGAAAUUCAAUGGCAUCCAAGCCGUUAUCGCCCGGGCCUACGUCGACAACGACCUCGUCAGCAAAGCAAGCCAGAUCGAGGAAGGCUGCCAGCUCGAGCCAAUCUAUGGAGGGCAAUGCAGGAAGAGCAGGAUCAGCGGGUGGCAUUGUACUGGAGAAAGAUCAAGGGGUGAAGAGUACGAGCACGGCGAAGCUAGCAACGAAAGCUCCUUCUAACUUGGCCGUGAAAGAUGUGGCAUCAGAGGCGACGACUACAGCAAACAAGCCACGACGCAAGCCUAGGAAGUUGAACAAGGAGCCUACGUCUACUCCAGCUCAGCAAGCUGUGAAUACGUCUACACUUGAGCGAAAACCGGAACCGACAUCCGAGCUCGAGGCACUUAAAUCUCGUGUGAGAGGAUUAGAGGCUAAAGUAGAGGAGUUGUAUAAUACUGGUGGAGACGUACGACCAGCACGCUCACCACGUCGGCGCGGCAAAGGUCGCAAGGGUUCCUCUGCUACUCAGGUCCCCACCAUCAACAACGCUGCCAAAGUACAGGAGGUUGAAGAUGACGAAGAAGAAGCAGACGAAGAGCUCGUCCGUCUGGAAGGAGAACUGGAAGUCGCACGUCAGGACUUGGAGUCGUUCCGCCCGCGCAACAAGCGAACUGUCUCGCAAGAGGAUGAUGAUGUGGAAGAAAUACCACGCAGUGGCGAAGGCUUGGAGGAAAACAAAGGCGUUGGGAACAGACACGUAACCCUCUCAGGCAGCUACCGCAUCCCACUCCCCACGAAUGUCAGCAUGGACGAUGUCAAGACCAUCCAAAGCGGCGUCUCGGCGGCUCAGAGCGUAGCGAGAGGUUUCCUUGACCAACGAAGAGCAGCGGCGGCUUUGCGGGAACAACAAACCCCUAUCUCCAAAGCGUCAAAUUCGCAAGCUUCCUCCGCACCCAAGCGACCGAAACCCAAAUCUAUGAGCUCUUCGAUGGAAGUGUCUGUCGACAAUAGUGCCGGAAAGCAGAGCUGGAGCGACUGGAUCGGCGGCUACAGCGUGGCCAUCUCCCGAGCCGUCAACAAGAUUGAGCACGAGGCUGCAGUAGAAAGUCAGAACGCGGGGGGCGCAAGUGCGGCCAAAGCGCCCGCGCAGACGGGUCGGACGGGAAGUGCGCCUUCGUCGAAGAAAAAUGUUGGGGGAAGGAGGUCAGCGCCAAAGGCAAAGGUGGGUAAUGAGGCACAGGAGUUGAUGAGCUAGGCUGGACAGUGUCUUGUAGCGUAUACGGUUCUUCACGUCGACUAUAGGGUCUUGUACAUUAUCGCGAGCUAAAUUUACACAAAUACGAUUUUAUAUACGCCGGGA